AUGUCUAAACUCUCUAACCUGGACUUCAUGGCCCUUGACAUUACUGGAAAGAACUAUUUUUCAUGGAUUUUGGAUGCAGAAGUGCACCUUAGUGCCAAGACUUUGGGAAACACUAUUGUUCAGAACAACAAAGAAUCCCCUGAGGAUCGCAGCAAAGCCUUAAUUUUUCUCCGUCAUCACCUUGACGAGGCUUUGAAGUCCCAAUAUCUUACGGUGAAAGACCCGUACACUUUGUGGACAGAGCUGAAAGAUCGUUUUGAUCAUCAGAAGACAGUGAUUUUACCUCGUGCAAGGUAUGAAUGGAUGCAUCUGGGCCUCCAAGACUUCAAGAGUGUAAUUACUGAUGCUGAUCUUUUGGAGAAGACUUACUCCACCUUUCAUGCUUCAAAUAUUUUGCUUCAACAACAAUAUCGUGAAAGGCAGUUUAAGAAAUAUUCAGAGCUUAUCUCUUGCGUUCUAGUAGUUGAGAAGAAUAAUGAGUUAUUACUCAAGAACCAUCAAAGUCACCCAGCAGGUUCAAUAGUUGCUCCAGAGAUGAACGCUACAACUAGUCGUGUCAAUGCUGAUGAAAGCCAUGGGAAAGAACAAGGACGUUCGUUAGGUCCUGAAAAGCCCAACUUCAAGAAGAAAGCUGGUAAUAAUUCCCAUUAUCAGAAGGGAAAGAAGAACGUGUUUCCAAAACACAAAGGAAAAAGCUCGCAAAGUCAUUCAAAGCACCAUGAAAGUGUUUGUCACCGUUGUGGUUCACCGGGGCACUGGCCAAAUGUUUUCCGUACUGCAAGGCAUCUUGUUGACCUUUAUCAGGCGUCUAUUAAAGGAAAGGAAAAGAAGGCUGAAACCAUUUUUUCCCAAUAUGACAUACCAAUGAAUAUAAUGCCCAUCUUGAUAUUUCUGACUUCAAGAAUGAUGGAAAUGAGAUUGAAGACAUGGAUUCCUUCCUUAAGGAUGUAUAAGUUUAUUUGUUUUAUGAUCAGUUCUUUUUAG